AUUUUUCCUGUGCGACACCGUGACGCGGGCAGUGACGCAGACAAUACGUCGCGAUGCACUGACGUUUCUGUAUGAAAUAGGCAGCAGCGCAACGCGAGUUUUCCUGGAGCGUCGCAGUGUAGUGCCGGGCGGCAGGGGGCUUCUGCCGGGCGGACCGCCUAGGAAUAAAGCUUGGGGUGAACACCGAGCAGUGAGGUGCCUGAGGAUUCAACGCAAUGGAGGAGCAGUGUCAGGGACCGUCUGCCCCUCCGUUCCAGCCUCAGAAAACACUGCGACCAGACAUGGGUUAUAACACUCUGGCCAAUUUCCAGAUUGAGAAGAAAAUUGGACGGGGCCAGUUCAGCGAAGUAUACAGAGCCACUUGCCUUUUAGAUCGAGUACCUGUUGCUCUAAAGAAGGUUCAGAUUUUUGAUUUGAUGGAUGCAAAAGCAAGAGCAGACUGUAUCAAAGAGAUUGACCUCCUUAAGCAACUGAACCAUCCAAAUGUCAUUAAAUAUUAUGCUUCGUUCAUUGAAGAUAACGAAUUGAACAUAGUCUUGGAACUGGCAGAUGCGGGGGACCUAUCUAGGAUGAUAAAGCACUUUAAGAAACAAAAGCGGUUAAUCCCUGAACGGACAGUGUGGAAAUAUUUUGUGCAGCUUUGCAGUGCACUGGAACAUAUGCAUUCCCGCCGUGUCAUGCACAGAGAUAUUAAGCCGGCCAAUGUGUUUAUAACAGCCACAGGCGUGGUGAAGCUGGGGGAUUUAGGUUUGGGACGCUUCUUCAGCUCAAAAACCACAGCUGCACAUUCUUUAGUGGGUACACCUUAUUAUAUGUCACCAGAGAGGAUACAUGAAAACGGAUACAACUUCAAGUCUGAUAUUUGGUCAUUAGGAUGUCUACUUUAUGAGAUGGCAGCAUUGCAAAGUCCAUUUUAUGGAGAUAAAAUGAACCUGUACUCUUUGUGUAAGAAGAUAGAGCAAUGUGACUAUCCACCUCUACCGUCUGACCACUAUUCAGAAGAGCUGCGAAUGUUGGUGAAUACCUGCAUAAAUCCAGACCCGGAGAAGAGACCAGAUGUAACCUAUGUGUACGAGGUUGCAAAGCGUAUGCAUGCCUUGACCGCCACCAGCUAGAUUAGAAGUUGAUCCAGGACUCCCACCCUACGUCCAUCAUUUUCAAGAUUUCUUACAGUAUACCUAGAAGGAGUGGACAAGUUUUCAGUUCUCCUCAGCUUCUUUAUCGGGUCUGUGAGACAUUUCCAACCCCUUCCGUUCUUAGCAGCAAUGCAGAUCUUUUCAAAUAAUCAGCUGGGGGAGAACUUGCACUUCCAAGAUCUACAGUAGCUCUCAUUCUGCAAUUACUAUUUUAUGUCCACAGUAUGAUUGCAGUAAAUCAGUGGUGGUUAUCUCCAAUCCGUUUACAAAACCUGUCUCUCGUGCUUUCAGGGGUAUAUUAGUGAGAGAUGUUUUAUUUUUCUCUUGAUGUAGAUUAGCAAAUGAAAAAUCUGCAUGGGGAAGGGCCUUAACGGCAAUGAAAUCUACAGAUGGGAGACUUAGUGUGCCUCCUUUGCACCUGCGACUAUAGAAGGUUAUUGCAGGUUACAGCCAUGUAUAGGUAUAUUGACUUUCUUAUCAUAAUGAAAUUUAUAGUAAAUCAUGGCCAUAUUUUGCCUGUCAACAAGACCGGUCAAUUAACCCUGGGUGGGCCAAUAGUGCCUUUGACAUUAACCCUUUCAUUGCCAGGCUGCUCAUUUGCACUCUUUCAUUGUAAUGAAAGAGGUAUUUUUUUAAUCUUUUUUUUUUAAUUAUUAUUAUUCUAAAAAAUUCAGAUAAACUUUAGUGCAAUGUUUUAUUUUGCUUUUUUCGUCCAAUAAAUAUAUAUUUUUAUGUGUAAAAUAAUCAAAUGAACAUUUUGGUGUAUUCUACCACAAUAGUAAAAAAUUUCUUUAAAAGUCCUAUUCCUGUGAUAUCAAUUCAUCUGUAUAUUUUGUACUAACUAUACUGUUCUGUAUUCAACAUCUCAAGUUCUGCUUCCGCUUAUAUAUGCCGGUUGCCUGCUUCACUUUUUGUAGCUUAAGAAUUGUUUAAGAAAAAAAUAGCAAAUAGGACCAAAAUCAACAAUUGGCAGGAAUAUUCGAAUUGUGUAUUUGGUCAGUAAAGUAACUUUGUUGCAAAAUAAUUAAUGUAAUAUCACGCGUUAUCAAGUUUCCAUAGACAUACAGAAUCAUUAUGAACAUUUUUCAUUAUGCUAAGCAUUCACUGGUAUUUUAAACUUUAGUAGAUAAACAAAAAUACUUUUUUUCAUUAACGGCAGGAUGUUAUGGUGUGCGAGAUGCCGGCCGAUCUCCAACAUGUUUUUGUAAAGGGGUAAUCACUUACAAGGCAAAAACCAUGCCUUUGUAAGUUAUUGCCCUUUU